GAGCAGACGCGCCGCCUGGCCUUCGAGCACUACCGGGCCUUCAUCCGCUCCGCCGAGUGCACCGGCCGCGCCGGGCGAGGCUUCGGCGGCAUCGAGCGCCGCCUCGGCAGCCUGCUCGCCCGCCUGCCCGCGCUGCAGGAGGCCUGUCGGAGCUUCAUGCGCGAUGCCGAGGAAAUCGCCUGCAGCCGGCGCAUGAACAGCCUGACGCUGAACCGGCACACGGAGAUCCUGGAGAUCCUGGAGAUCCCGCAGCUCAUGGACACCUGUGUCCGCAACGGCUACUACGAGGAGGCGCUGGAGCUCGCCGCCUACGUGCGCCGGCUGGAGAGGAAGCACCGCAGCAUCCCCGUGAUCCAGGGCAUCGUGGACGAGGUGCGCCAGUCCAGCCAGCUCAUGCUGACCCAGCUCAUCCAGCAGCUGCGCUCCAACAUCCAGCUGCCCGCCUGCCUGCGGGUCAUCGGCUACCUGCGCCGCAUGGACGUCUUCACGGAGGCCGAGCUGCGCGUCAAGUUCCUGCAGGCGCGGGACGCCUGGCUGCGCUCCAUCCUGGCCUCCAUCCCGGACGAGGACCCCUAUUUCCACAUCACCAAGACCAUCGAGGCGUGCCGCGUGCACCUCUUCGACAUCGUCACGCAGUACCGCGCCAUCUUCUCCGACGAGGAGCCGCUGCUGCCCGCCGACGAGCAGCCCCUGCACGAGGGUGCCAUCUUCCACGGCUGGGUGCUGCAGAAGGUCUCCGAGUUCCUGCGGGUGCUGGAGGGCGACCUGCAGCGCGGCGUGGGCGGCCGCCUCGACUCGCUGCUGGGGCAGUGCAUGUACUUCGGCCUCUCCUUCAGCAGGGUGGGCGCUGACUUCCGCGGGCAGCUGGCCCCCAUCUUCCAGCGCGUCGCCAUCGGCGCUUUCCGCAAGGCGGUCGAGGAGGCCGUGGAGAAGUUCCAGGAGGAGAUGAACUCCUACACGCUCAUCUCCGCGCCGGCCGCGCUGGGCAGCAGCGUGGCCGCGGCGGUGCCCGCGGCGCAGCCGGGCUCCCUGCAGCCGCCCAUGGUGCUGCUGGACUUCCCGCCRCUCGCCUGCUUCCUCAACAACCUCCUGGUGGCCUUCAACGACCUGCGGCUCUGCUGCCCCGUGGCCCUGGCCCAGGACGUCACCGCCUGCCUGGAGGAGGCGCUCGGCCGGGUGACCAAAAUAAUCCUGGCCUUUCACCGCGCGGAGGAGGCCGCCUUCAGCGGGCGCGAGCAGGAGCUCUUCGUGCAGUUCUGCACCGUGUUCCUGGACGAUCUGCUCCCCUACCUCAACCGCUGCCUGCAGCUCCUCUUCCCGCCGGCGCAGAUGGCGCAGGCGCUGGGCGUCCCAGCCACGCAGCUGCAGCGCUUCUGCCGCCUGGGCUGCGUCGACACCGCCGCCCCCCGGGACGCCCUGGCCGCCGUCCUGCCCGCGCCGGAGGCCGAGGCGGCGCCGGGCGCGGAGCUGCCGCAGGAGAUGCCCCCGGCAGCGCCCGUGUCCCCGCCGGCGCCGCGGGACGAGGACGCGCAGGGCCGGGAGAGCCCCGUGGCCGCCAGGGUGGACGAGCUGGGGGAGCCGGUGAGCUGGGAGGCGACAGGCUGGACCGCCCGCAUCAUCCAGCACGAGAUGGACCACCUGGACGGCGUCCUCUUCAUCGACCGCAUGGACAGCCGCACCUUCGCCAACGUGCACUGGAUGGAGCUCCUCGAGUGA